AAUAUAAAACAUCGACCCCUGCAUCGGUUUCUCUGUUUGUCCGGCGACUUUUGGUGGCCCCUUCGCGGCAGAUGGCGGCCUCAAAGCUAGUUCUUCUUUCACUCUUUCUUGCUCUGGUUUUCUCGCACGGGGCGGCGGAAUAUGAGUUCGACGAAGACGGAGAGGCUGUGACGGAAAAACCGUCACGCAGAUCCGCUGGCGCCGAGUUUUCUGCUCUCAAGAUCAAGUUGGACGAACUCAAGUCUAAGAUACUUGAUUUUGAGUCGGAGCUCAAAAACAAAACUCAAGAGUUGAACAAAAAGGAUCAGGUGAUAGCUGAGAAAGAGAAAAUCAUUCGACAUAUGUCUGAUAGUGUUGCAUCUUUGCAAACUGAAUUAUCAACUCUUCAGAAAAAAGGCAAAUUAGAUGCUCAGGAACGGGUGGGAAAGGCUCAUGCUCAGGCUGUUGAAUUGGAGAAGCAGGUUGAUGAACUUAAAAUUGAAUUGGAGGUGAAACAAAAAGAGAAAGAAGCAUUGGAAGCCCAAGCAAAUGAAUUUGAGAAGAAGUUGACUGAAUUGAACCUGAAGCUUGAAAAUCUUCAAAAAAUCAGUGAUGAACAGAAGAGUAAAAUAAGAAAAACUGAACGAGCUCUUAAAGUUGCUGAGGAAGAGAUGAUGAAGGCAAAGCAGGAAGCCACCUCCAAAAAUGAGGCGUUGAUGGAGGCACAUGGUGCAUGGCUCCCUCCUUGGCUUGCCAAACAGUUGAUCCAUUGCCAGGCAUUUAUUGAGACACAUUGGAAGGAGCAUGGAAAACCUGCCAUGAAUAUAGCAGUGAAGAAGGCCCUUGAGAAGAAGGCUCAGGUUAAAAAGUGGGCUGAACCACAUCUGGAGACAGUGAAAACUAAAUGGGCUCCAGCUAUAAAGGAGCAGUGGUUGGUUGUAAGAACACAAGUUGAACCACAUGUGCAAUUGCUAACUGCCAAAACAGUGGAGUUUUAUGAGGCAUCAAAAGUUGCAAUGACUCCUCAUCUUGUCAGAAUUCAAGAAAUAGUUGAUCCAUACUUCCAGGAAGCUAAGAAGUUCAGCAAGCCAUAUAUUGAUCAAAUUGCAACUGUGGCAAAACCUCACAUAAAAAACGUACGACUGGUAAUGAAGCCUUAUACGAAGAAGGUAGUUCAUGCUUAUGGAGAGUUUCUUAAAUCUGCAACAACCUACCAUGGUCAGGUUCAAGCUACUGUUCGAGAAAUGUUGAAGCAACAUGAGCUGACAAAACCUCUUGCAACUAAAGAGCUGGAGUGGUUUGCGGCCUCUGCUUUAUUGGCCCUACCUAUCAUUAUUUUGUUUAGAAUUUCUUCAGCUAUUUUCUGCAAGAAGGCAAAGAAACCCUCUCGACAUGCUCAUAGCCAUCAUGCUCGUCGAAAGGGAAAAAGGGGCCAUCCGGACAAAUAGAGUAAUAUCAGUCUACCUCUAUCACUAGUGGAAUUUUUGAGAGUAGGACGUUUAUUUUCUUGGGCUAUAAAUUAUUCAGUCUUCAAUCUUUAAUAUUUGCUGAGGAGGAUGCUGUUUUUUGGAAGCCUGUGAAUCUGUUCCUUCGUUUAGAGCCCAUUUACACGGUUAGACAUUCUUAGAAAUGUAGUUAUGGACAGUGUGUGAAUUGAUGUUCACUGUAAUUUUAAUUUUUUAUUCUUCUAAAUUUUUUGUUGAAACCAUUCCCACGUUCUAACCGAAGCAGUUAGUGGGGUCAUGAUAUUUAUUAUGUUAGUGAUUUCUUCUUGCUUUUCAUUUCUUUUCCCUUUUGGGUACAUCAGGCUGUGAUUUCUGCAUCCUA